AUGAAAUUUACUACAAUUGCUGCUGCUGCCUUUAUUGCUUGUUCCGUUGAAGCUACUUUUCUCCCACUUUUGAAGCUUGGUGGAGGUUGGAAAGGUGGUAACAAUGAACCUCCAUGUGAUACCCCAGCUCCUCCACCUCCACCACCACCACCAGCUCAAACUACUCCAUGUGAUACACCUCCAGCUCCACCAGCACCAACCACCCCUUGUGACACUCCUCCAGCUGAAACUACCCCAUGUGACACUCCCCCAGCUCAACCAACUCCAUGUGAAACCGAAGGCGGUUCAGGCGGUAAUGGUGGUUCCGGAGGCUACGGUGGUGGUGGUAUUAUUGGUAGUAUCAUUGGUAAAAAAGUCAAAUUUAUUGAAGGUUUAUUGGGUGGCCAUUAA